GGACGAUUUCCACAGUCGUAAGGGAAACUCCCUACCUGACUGUCGCACUAAUUAAAACACUAUGUUCGUUCAGGGUCCAAGAGUCGUUUAUGACAAAUCCGAUAAUUCUGACGAUUCGAGCGAUGAGGAUGAGCCGAGUGGUGAUGUACUUCAGAAAAGGCGAGAAGAAUGCGAGCGGAAAGCACGAAGAGGGGAGAUGGACCCGAGGCUGGAGUUCGCGUUUCAGUUACUCGUCGACGCGACCGGUUUGCCACGUCACGAAGUAAUGGACCACGUAUUCGAGGGUGGCAUGCUCGACGAGAUAAAUCAGUUAUUUCUACCUCAUAUGAGAGCGACCCUCGUCUGGUACUACCAGGACGUCGAAGAGCCCGAGCCACAACGUUCAACAGAUACGGGCCCAGUUGCGAAAGGAGGUGGAUCGAGGGCAGGCCAAAGUACAAAUACACCGAAGGUCAAAGACCCCAAAGAAUCGAAGGAGCCUCCGAAAAAGAAGCUUUUUCUUACCGAUGGCUGGCAAGUUCCCUGCACUGGAGUUUGCAUUUAUAUGUUUCGGAUCAACACAACGAAGCAACUGCCGGAGGAAGGUUUUCAUCGAGAUCUUUACACGGGCGUUAUAGAUACCGCGAAAGUGGGUGUUAUAGCUUCGAUACAGAGAAUCGUCGAGCAAGUUUUUAUGGACGCACUCGCGCACCCGGGAACCGAAGAUGAGGAUGAUUGCCCGAUGAUAAAGAGCCUCCUUUUGCCUGGCCUGAGAUCGUUCUGCAGUGCUCUCAAAGUGUGCGAGAUGGUGGCGCAGGAAGGUAGCAUAUUCGACGACGGUGAGUCAAUGAUGGACGAUAUCAAUAAUUUUGAGGAUGCCAAAGCACUCGUAGCGAAAGAAGGAAUCGUUGAAAAAAUCGAAAAUCGUGUCAAAGUUUGGAUUAAAAAACUAAAAGAUUUUAUUCUUGAAAGUAAACAAGUGAGAAGAGAAAAUGAUAGUUCAGGACCUCAACAGGAAUUGGAAUAUUGGAAGAGGCGAGGUGCUCAAUUCAGUCAACUUGCUGGACGUCUUCAGAGUCACGAGGUUCGAAUGUCACUUCUUUGCUUGCAAGUCUCGCGAUCAAAAUUAAUCAAAGACUGGGUCGAUGCCGAAGACGAAGUCACGUACUGUUACAAUGAAGCCAAAGAUAACGCUAAAUUUAUACAAGCUUUGGAAAAGUGCUGUCAUUGUCUCUAUCUCGACGAUCCAGUAAAAAUGCGAGAUUCUCUGGUAUCCCUUCUUCAAACCGUGCGCCUAAUUUACAGUGUAUCGCGUUAUUACAAUACAUCGGAAAGAACAUCGUCACUGAUGGUCAAAAUCACUAAUCAAAUGAUAGUGGCGUGUCGUGAUUACGUGACAAAAAGGGGGCGUGAAACUGUUUGGGAUUUGGACAGGGCGGCUGCAAGAUCAAGACUGAAGCAUUGCUUGAGACUGAACAAAGCCUACAGAGAAACGUACAGACUCGUGCGUUGCUCUCCAGCAGUUACGGAACAAGAAUUUUCGUUUUCGGAAACCCACGUCUUCGGAAGAUUCGACUCUUUCUGUGCAAGGAUACGAAAAAUUCUAACGAUGUUCGACCUCAUCGAUGAUUAUCAAAAAUUGUUCGAAAGACGGAUGGAAGGGCUUCUGUUGGGAGAAGCUCUCGAAGAAGCUACGAAAACUUUUCAAGAAGGCAAAAAAAUAGCGACCAGCAAAACGUAUGAUUACUUGGACCCGAGGAACAUCGAAUUCGACAAAGACUAUGACGUGUUUAUGACGAAAAUGGAUACACUUAAGGAAAGCAUCGGAAGCAUUAUCGAGAAGAAUUACGCCGAUGUGUGGGAGACCCCUCAGGGAAUUCGGUUCCUUACAAGAUUCGAAAAAGUUAGCGAGAAAAUUCCUCUGACUAAAUUGGACGAAAAAUAUCAGCUGGUGGUGAAAUAUUGUGACAAAGAAGUCGAAAGGACGUUGAAGCUGUUCAAAAAGCAGCGAGACGAUCCUCCUUUACCCAGACACAUGCCACCAAUUGCAGGGAGAUUGACUUGGGCCCAUUCGUUAAAAGUACAUCUGGACGAAUUAGCAGCUUCCGUCUGCACUCAUCCCAUCCUGAAAACGUUGCCCCUAACUUCCGACCUCGUCCGGAGAUACAACCAUGCAAUCGCAGUUUUACUACAAUAUCAAACGGACAUAGCCGAAGUUUGGACACACCAAAAUUCUUGGGUCAUCGAAGAUGGUCUGAAGAAGCCUCUGCUAGCAGUGGAUCGAGAGACCAAUCGAGUCAAAGUGAAUUUGGAGGGUAGAAUAUUGUUGCUUUUACGAGAAGCUGAUUGUCUGGCAAAAUUGAAGCUCGAAGUGCCAGUGGUAGCUUUGACGAUCCUGGUGAAACGAGAUCAUUUUACUUUGAUAAACGAUUCAUUACAAUUGGUGAUAGAAGAAUUCGUGUCCACCGCUAGACGCGUGAAGUUGGAAGUCAGGCCACUGUUGCUCCCUCAUUUGGUGCGCGUUUCUUCGCUGCUCGUACCAGCCCUGCAAAGUAUAACGUGGACGAAUCCAGAUUGGCGAGAUUUUUGUCAAACAACCCGGGAAGAGAUAAAAACCUUUGACAUUCUCAUAACCAGAGUUCACGACGUUUACGCCAACAGAAUUCUCCAGGUGCUCGCGAGCAUGCAGAAAAUAACUCUCCACGCAUUGCCAGAGGGUGAGCCGUGGGGAAUCGAAGAAUUUGUAGAAAAAACUGAAGAAGCCUGCAGGCUCGCUGCGAUUGAUUUGCAUCGUCGAAGUCUCAUGGUCGAAGAAGCAGUCGAGGAAGUCUUGCAGUUGGUGAAAAACGCCGCAGCUCUGUUCAAAGCAAACCGAGAAGCAGAUCAAUUCGAUUUGAGCAACGCCGAUGGAUCUCAAGGGGGAGAUGACGAAGCUGCUCAACAGCAACAAGACUGGACUGCUGUCUGGGCUUGCUUCGACGAUCCUCAUCAACUGCUCACCACGCCGGGAGGCGGUCUGUCAAAAAAUAUGCAGGAAAUGGUGCGCAACGCUGUCUCGGAAAUGAGACGAUAUUACUCGAGAAAAGUCGUCGAUGUACUCAUCAAAGUAACGAGGAGCUCUUUGGAUGCCAUAAGACGGAGGUUCGUUCGUGAGAGCGACCCUGACGAGCCACCGCUUCCGGUAUUCCUUCUGCAAGCGACUCUGAUGAUUCCUUCAGUGGUCGUUAAACCGAGUCUCGAGGAAGUGCAAGAAGCAUUGACCGCUGCAGGCAAAGCAAUCGCCGGAGUGUCGAAGGGCGUUGCUCAGUGGAACGCAGGGACGAAAAAUGCUUGGCGAGGCGUUGGAUGGGCCCCGAAAAGAAAUCUCCUCGACGCCGUCAUGAGAGCUCAGGGCAAUAAUGAUCGGCAACUUAUUGAUGGCGAACCCGAGGAUCCGAAAGCUCGACGACGACGACUUUACAAAAUGAUUUCCGAAGAGAGACCAACCUUUCCGGUACAGCAAAGGAACUUUCAAACUAUGGUGAUGGAAAACAAGGAAGUGGCCAAAGUUUUAUCGAUGCUGAGCUCCUGCACUCAAGAACUUCGUCAGGAUCUGCUCGACUUCAUGGAUCGUUGGAAGCCGUACAAAUUUUUGUGGAAGAACGAGCGAAGUGUUCGCGAGCUGUUGUUAAUAUCACUGACGGAAUUCGAGAGCACACUUCGGAAGCACGGGGAGCUCGAGGAUCGUCUAGCAACCGAACCGGACAUGAUAUUAUUCGCAAAAUCGAUAGCUCUAUCAACGGAGAAAUUGAAAUACGGUUUGUACACGGAGAUCAAAGCAUCGACCCACAAGAUUGGUCAAGCGAUGAAGAAGAAAUACCGACGAGAAAUGGAGUACGUUUAUGCGGUAAUGAACGAGAUGGAACGCAAGUUGGAUCGUCAGAUUCGUGACCUCGACGACGUUAGGCUGAUAAUGGACACUUUGAAGAAAAUUCGGGAGCAAGAAGUCGAUAUGGAGCUACGAAUAGACCCAAUCGAGGAGGCUUUCAACAUCGUCACGAGAUACGAAGUGCCCGUCGACCGAGAGUGCCUCGAGCAAGUCGAUAAUUUACGGUACACCUGGCAGCAGCUUCUGGGUCGAGCCCAAGACAGCCACGUACUUUUAUUGAAACUUCAGCCCCAGUUCGAAGAAGAGCUGAGAAACAAUUUGGACAAAUUUCGUAUCGACAACGAAGCCUAUUGCGAGGAAUAUCGAUGCACUGGACCCAUGCAACCCGGUCUCACACCCAGAGAAGCAUCCGACAGACAAAUCCUCUUUCAAAAUCGUUUCGAUGGCAUGUGGAGGAAACUCCAGACUUACCAAAGUGGCGAGGAACUUUUCGGCCUUCCUACUACCGAUUAUCCCGAGUUGUCGCAGAUUCGAAAGGAAUUAAAUUUGCUCCAAAAAUUGUACAAACUCUAUAACGACGUUAUCGACAGGGUCAGCAGUUAUUAUGACAUACCUUGGGGCGAGGUCAACAUCGAAGAGAUAAACAACGAGCUGAUGGAGUUCCAAAAUCGCUGUCGCAAACUUCCAAAAGGUUUGAAAGAAUGGCCAGCGUUUUUUGCACUAAAAAAGACGAUCGAUGAUUUCAACGACAUGUGUCCACUUCUCGAGUUGAUGGCGAACAAAGCAAUGAAGCCGAGGCAUUGGCAAAGAAUCGUCGAAGUCACAGGCUACACCUUCGACCUUGAGAGCGAAGGUUUUUGUUUGAAAAACAUCCUCGAGGCUCCGCUCCUCAAAUACAAAGAGGACAUCGAGGACAUUUGCAUAUCCGCGAUGAAGGAGAAGGACAUCGAAGCCAAAUUGCGUCAGGUCGUCAACGAAUGGACGUCCCACGAGUUGACCUUCAUGACCUUCAAUAAUCGUGGUGAAUUACUGCUGAGAGGCGACACCACCGCUGAGACAAUCGGACAACUCGAAGACAGUCUCAUGAUUCUUGGCUCCUUAAUGUCCAAUCGUUACAAUGCACCAUUCCGCAAACAAAUACAACAAUGGCUCUCGGACCUUUCCAAUACCAAUGAAAUACUGGAGCGAUGGCUCUUGGUCCAAAAUAUGUGGGUUUAUCUCGAAGCAGUCUUCGUCGGUGGUGACAUUGCUAAACAAUUACCUAAAGAGGCCAAAAGGUUCAGCAAGAUCGACAAAAGUUGGCAAAAAAUCAUGCAACGAGCUCACGAAACUCCUGGUGUCGUUCCCUGCUGCGUUGGCGAUGACUUACUCAAACAAUUAUUGCCACAUCUUCAGGAGCAGUUGGAAUUGUGCCAGAAAUCAUUGAGUGGGUAUCUCGAAAAGAAACGGAUGAUGUUUCCACGAUUUUUCUUCGUCUCUGAUCCAGCGCUACUGGAAAUUCUCGGACAGGCUUCGGAUUCUCAUACCAUACAAAACCAUCUUCUCUCAAUAUUCGACAAUACACGAUAUGUCAAGUUUCACGAUAUCGAGUACAACAAAAUGAUGGCUAUCGUGUCUUCCGAAGGUGAAACCAUCGUGCUUGAGAGAGCAGUACGAGCCGAAGGAUCGGUGGAAACUUGGUUAAUGCAACUCCUCCAAACAUCGCAACAAUCGCUCCACGCGAUAAUACGCCAAUCGCACACGAUGAUAAAUGAUCAAAAUUUCAACAUACUCAGCUUCUUGGAUAAAAUGCCUGCUCAAGUGGGCAUCCUGGGAAUUCAAAUGAUUUGGACGAGAGAUGCUGAAUUGGCGCUUAUGCAGGCACGAGCAGACAAAAAAAUCAUGGGGGAAACGAACAAUCGAUUCCUCGAACUCUUGAAUACCCUCAUCGAUCAGACGACCAGAGAUUUGACGAAAAUUGAUCGCAUCAAAUUUGAAACGCUGAUCACUAUUCAUGUUCAUCAACGUGACAUUUUCGAUAUUCUUUGUCGCCUAAACGUCCGAACGGUGUCAGACUUCGAGUGGUUGAAGCAAUGUCGCUUUUACUUCAAAGAAGAUUUAGACAAGACGGCAAUCUCGAUCACAGAUGUACAGUUCACUUAUCAAAACGAAUAUCUCGGAUGUACAGAGCGUUUGGUGAUAACACCACUGACAGACAGAUGCUACAUAACGCUCGCUCAAGCUUUGUCAAUGUCGAUGGGCGGAUCACCGUGUGGACCAGCUGGAACCGGUAAAACCGAGACGGUCAAGGACAUGGGAAAGACGCUGGCGAAAUACGUGGUCGUUUUCAAUUGUUCCGAUCAAAUGGAUUACCGUGGUUUAGGGAGGAUUUACAAAGGAUUGGCACAGAGUGGCUCGUGGGGUUGUUUCGAUGAGUUCAACAGGAUCGAGCUUCCAGUUCUUUCGGUAGCAGCUCAACAGGUCGCCGUCGUGCUCGCAGCGAAGAAGGAAAAGAAAAAACAAUUUGUAUUCACUGACGGUGAUCAAAUCGAAAUGUGUCCUGAGCUCGGGAUUUUCAUAACCAUGAAUCCCGGUUAUGCCGGCAGAAAGGAACUUCCAGAAAAUUUGAAAAUACAAUUUCGCACGGUCGCCAUGAUGGUGCCUGACAGACAAAUUAUCAUCAGGGUCAAACUCGCCAGUUGUGGCUUCCUCGAGAAUAUAACACUGGCAAGAAAAUUUUACACUCUUUACAAAUUGUGCGAGGAACAAUUGACCAAACAAGUUCAUUAUGAUUUUGGCCUCAGAAACAUUCUUUCUGUUCUGAGGACUCUCGGAGCUUCGAAAAGAGUCAACUCGAAAGAUUCGGAAAGCACGAUCGUCAUGAGGGUUCUCAGGGAUAUGAAUUUGUCGAAACUCAUUGACGAGGAUGAGCCACUUUUUAUAUCACUCGUAGCAGAUUUAUUUCCGAAUCAAGCCCUCGAGAAAACUUCGUAUCCAGAGUUGGAGGCUGCUAUUGACCAACAGGUACAAGAAGCUGGUUUGGUGUACCAUCCGCCUUGGGUUUUGAAAUUAAUACAGCUCUACGAGACUCAAAGAGUGCGACACGGAAUAAUGACUCUGGGACCAACAGGAGCUGGAAAAACAACUUGCAUUCACGUCUUGAUGAGAGCUUUAUCACAGUGUGGAGAUUUUCAUCGAGAAAUGCGAAUGAAUCCAAAGAGCAUAACAGCGGCUCAAAUGUUCGGUCGUUUGGACGUGGCGACGAACGACUGGACCGAUGGUAUAUUUUCUGCGCUGUGGCGCAAGACGUUGAAGAUCAAACCAGAGGAGCACGUCUGGUUGGUACUUGACGGACCUGUCGACAGUAUUUGGAUCGAGAACUUGAAUUCCGUGCUCGACGAUAACAAAACCCUGACUCUGGCGAACGGUGAUCGGCUCUCAAUGGCUCCGACUUGCAAAAUUAUUUUCGAGCCACACAACAUCGAUAAUGCUAGUCCAGCCACAGUAUCGCGCAAUGGAAUGGUUUAUAUGAGCUCGUCAGGUCUCGAUUGGAAGCCAGUCGUGACCGCGUGGUUGAAAAGUCGAACGGUCCUUGAACAGGAAGUUUUGGAACAGGGCUUCGACGAAUCCUUUGCACAGAUAUACGCCUGGAGUACUCAAACUCUCACUCUUGCGAUGAAAGUAUUACAGUGCAACGUAAUCCGUCAAAUGCUGUGUCUUCUGGAAGGACUCGUCCCGCCGGAAGUGCCUCUCGAAGAGGUCGAGGACGAGGACGACCUGGAGAGAGACAAGCCGCAGCCAAUGACGGCUGAACACUUGAAAAGGCUUUACGUAUUUUCUCUCGUCUGGGGAAUCGGUGCACUGCUCGAGACCGCCGACCGUUCAAAAUACGACGAGUAUAUUCGCACAAACUUCGAAAGUCUCGAUCUUCCAACCUCGGAUAAAUAUCCAGAGGCUAAAGUAUUUGAUUUCAUGGUGAACGAAAAGGGCAAGUGGGACACUUGGACGACGAUGGUUACAAAUUACGUUUAUCCGGAUUAUGCCACUCCCGAUUACAACAGCAUAUUGGUCCCGAUAGUCGACAACGUGAGAAUUCAAUAUCUCAUCGACCUCAUUGGUCGUCAAGAUCGCGCUGUCUUGUUGACCGGUGAACAGGGUUCUGCGAAAACGAUCAUGAUGAAGUCCUACAUGAAAAAGACCAACCCGGACACCACUCUAGGGAGAUCGUUCAACUUUAGUUCAGCCACGACACCCUUCCAGUUCCAGAAGACCAUCGAAAGUUACGUAGAAAAACGUCUGGGCAAUACUUUUGGUCCACCGGGAGGCAAGAAAAUGUUGGUCUUCAUAGACGACGUGAAUUUGCCACAAAUUAACGAGUGGGGCGAUCAAAUAACCAACGAAAUCGUGCGCCAGACUAUGGACAUGAAAGGUUUCUACUCCCUCGAGAAACCAGGCGACUUCACGACCAUAGUCGACGUCACAUUUCUCGCUGCAAUGGGUCAACCGGGCGGUGGAAGGAACGACAUACCGUCCAGACUGAAACGACAGUUUUGCAUCUUCAACUGCACACUCCCAAACGAUACCUCGAUCGACAAAAUAUUCAGUGUCCUUGGGGAAGGUCACUACAAUACGAAGAGAGGAUUUUCUCAAGAGAUAAGAAGCCUCGUGAAGAAAAUGGUUCCCAUGACGAGGAUCCUUUGGCUACGUACGAGAGCCAGACUUUUGCCAACUCCUGCUAAGUUUCACUACGUAUUCAGUCUUCGCGACUUGUCGAGAAUCUGGCAAGGUAUGGUCGGCACAUUGUGCACCGUUAUCGAGAAGGAAAACUCCCUCAUGCUGCUGUGGAAGCACGAAUGUUCGAGAGUUUUUAGCGACAGGCUGACCCUUCAGUCGGACAAGGAUUGGUUCGAUAGGGAACUUGUGACCGUCGUUGAUGAAACACUCGGACAGGCGUACGUCGAAAUGAUUGGUAAAGAGCAACCGGCUUUCGUGGAUUUUAUGAGAGAUGCUCCCGAGCCCACUGGAGAAGAAGGCGAAGACGCGGACAUGGAAUUGCCAAAAGUUUACGAGCCGGUUUACGAUCAUCAAAUUCUGCGGGAUCGGCUGGAAAUGUUUCUUGCACAGUUCAACGAAAUGCAGAGAGGAGCUGGAAUGGAUCUCGUAUUUUUCCCAGACGCUAUGCUGCAUCUGGUCAAAAUAUCACGAGUUAUAAGACAUCCGCGUGGCAACGUGAUGCUCGUCGGUGUGGGAGGUUCCGGGAAGCAGAGUCUGACCAAGCUCUCUUCUUUUAUAGCCGGCUAUAAAACAUUCCAAAUAACACUGACGAGGUCGUACAACGUUGCCAAUUUCUUGGAAGAUCUUAAAUUUCUAUAUCGUUCUUGCGGAGGUCAAGGUAAAGGGACGACCUUCAUCUUCACCGAUCUGGACAUCAAAGAGGAGGGUUUCCUCGAGUAUCUAAACAACAUACUGAGCUCCGGAGUGAUAAGCAAUCUCUUCACGCGAGACGAACAAGCGGAAAUAAUAUCCGAGCUAACGCCGACGAUGAAACGAGAGAAUCCGAAAAAGACGCUCAACAAUGAGCUCGUGAUGGAGUAUUUUUUGCAGCGAACUUGUCAGAACCUUCACGUCGUCUUUUGUUUUUCACCCGUCGGUGAAAAAUUUCGUAAUCGUGCUCAACGCUUUCCAGCUUUGAUAUCCGGCUGCACGAUAGAUUGGUUCCAGCCCUGGCCUCGUGACGCUCUGGUCCUGGUGGCUCAUCACUUUCUUCACGACUUCGAAAUCGCUUGCAGCCCCGAAGUCAAGAGCCAUUUGGUCAACGCUCUGGGCUCGAUACAGGACGUCGUAGCUGAAACGUCUGCGGAGUACUUCCAGAGGUUCCGCCGAGCUACGCACGUCACGCCGAAAUCUUAUCUCAACUUUAUCGGCGGUUACAAAAACAUCUACAGAAACAAGCAGCACGAGUUGGGCGAAGGAGCCAGACGGAUGGACACGGGGCUCGCCAAACUCGAGGAAGCCUCGAUAUCCGUAGAAUUGCUGAAAAGGGAUCUCGCAGCUAUGGAGCAAGAGCUCGUCCAGGCUUCGGAAAAGGCAGAAAAAGUUCUGCUCGAAGUUACGGAGCGUGCUAUGCAGGCCGAGACCUUCAAAAACCAGGUGCAAAAAGUCAAGGAAAAAGCAGAAGUUUUGGUAGGUUGUAUUGCCGAGGAGAAAGCAGUCGCGGAGGAGAAAUUGGAAGCCGCGAAGCCGGCUCUCGAAGAAGCUGAGGCUGCUCUGAACACGAUAAAACCAGCGCAUAUCGCAACCGUGAGAAAGCUCGGUCGGCCUCCUCAUCUCAUCAUGAGAAUCAUGGACUGCGUGCUCAUACUUUUCCAGCGAAAAAUUGGUCCCGUCGUGCCAGACCCCACGGCCCUUUGUCCCAAGCCUUCUUGGGGCGAGUCUCUCAAAAUGAUGGCAAGCACCACGUUCCUGCUGCAGCUCCAAAACUACCCGAAGGACAUCAUCAACAACGAGAUGGUAGAGUUGCUGCAGCCCUAUUUCAAGAUGGAAGAUUACAACAUGGAAACUGCUCGGAGAGUCUGCGGUGAUGUCGCAGGCCUCUUGUCGUGGACCAAAGCAAUGGCGUUCUUUCACUCCGUCAACAAAGAAGUUUUACCACUAAAGGCUAAUCUCACCCUGCAGGAAGCAAGAUUGAAACUCGCGAUGGAGGAUCUCGCAGAUGCUGAGAGAGAACUUUCCGAGAGAGAAAUGGCACUGCAAGGAGUAAAGGAACAGUACGACAAUGCCGUCUCGGAGAAACAACGUCUGACGGACGCAGCGAACGUUUGCUUACGUAAAAUGACCGCUGCGACUGCUCUCAUCAAUGGUCUGGGUGGAGAGAAGAUUCGCUGGACCGAACAGAGCGGAGAAUUCAAAGUGCAACUGGGAAAAUUAGUCGGCGACGUUCUGUUAGCCACGGGUUUUUUGUCCUACUGCGGUCCCUACAACCAACAUUUUAGAUCCGGUCUCGUAAAGGCGUGGAUGAAUAUUCUGACAAGUCGAGUCAUCCCCUUCACCAAAGAUCUCAAUAUCAUAAAUAUGCUAGUGGAUUCUGCGACGGUUUCAGAGUGGACUUUGCAGGGCUUACCGAACGACGAUCUCUCCGUCCAAAAUGCCCUGAUCGUCACCAAGUCCUCGUCCUAUCCGCUCCUCGUUGAUCCACAGAAUCAGGGCAAAAUGUGGAUAAAGAACAAGGAGAGCUGCAACGAGCUGCAGAUCACAUCUUUGAAUCACAAGUACUUCAGAUCACACCUCGAAGACAGCUUGUCUCUGGGCAGGCCGUUGCUCAUUGAAGACGUUGCCGAAGAGCUCGAUCCUGUAAUUGACAACGUUUUAGAAAAGAAUUUCAUCAAAUCCGGAUCAAUCGAAAAGGUCGUUGUUGGCGACAAAGAGUGCGACGUUAUGCCAGGCUUCAUGCUUUACAUUACGACCAAGCUGCCCAAUCCUGCGUACAGUCCUGAAAUAUCGGCGAAGACAUCGAUCAUCGAUUUCACCGUCACGAUGCAAGGUCUCGAGGAUCAAUUACUCGGUCGCGUAAUCCUCAUGGAAAAAUCUGACUUGGAGGCUGAACGAGUCGCGCUUUUCGAGUCCGUUAUGACCAAUCAAAGAUCGAUGAAGGAACUGGAAAGUACUUUGCUCCAUCGACUAACUUCUUCCGAAGGAUCACUCGUCGACGACGAGGCCUUGAUCGGUGUCCUACGAGAGACCAAAUCCACUGCUGAAUCCGUCAAUGAGAAACUCCAAGUUUCAGCUCUGACCGAAAAGAAGAUUACGAUUGCUCGCGAGGAAUUCCGAGCUGUUGCUGGACGUGGGUCCAUCCUCUACUUCCUCAUUGUCGAAAUGAGCAACGUCAAUACCAUGUACCAGAAUUCACUCAGACAAUUUUUAACGAUAUUCGACAAUUCUAUCACUAAAUCUGCCAAAAGUUCUGUCACUAGCGAAAGAAUUGAGAUUAUACUGAACCAUCUGACCUACGAAGUUUGGGGUUUCACUUUGAGGAGUCUCUACGAGAGACACAAAUCACUGUUCACGCUGAUGCUCGCCAUGAAAAUCGAUUGUCACCGUGGCAAAAUAACGCACACAGAAUUCAUGGCUUUCAUCAAAGGUGGCGCCUCUUUGGAUCUCAACGCCGUCACUCCCAAACCUUUCAGAUGGAUUCUCGAUAUAACUUGGUUGAAUCUCGUGGAAAUCAGUAAACUCGAGGUUUUCGGUGAAAUUCUCACGAAAAUUGAAUUCACCGAAAGGGAGUGGAGAAUUUGGUACGAAAAAGAGAGACCCGAGGAAGAGGAAUUACCCUGCGGUUAUCAGAAGAGUCUCGACGUCUUCAGAAAACUUUUGCUCAUCCGCUCCUGGAGUCCUGACCGAACUUUGUCGCAAGCUAAAAAGUACAUUAUCGACUCCCUCGGCAAGGAGUAUGGCGAAGCCAAGAUUUUGGAUCUCGAAGCCACGUGGCUCGAAUCCGAACCUAGGACACCCCUCGUAUGUAUUCUCUCGAUCGGCUCUGAUCCCAGCCCUCAAAUCACUGCUCUGGCGAAACAAAAGGCUACUCCACUCAAAUCAGUGUCGAUGGGUCAAGGUCAAGAGUUUCAUGCGCGUCGUAUGAUCGCGGACGCAAUGAACGCCGGAUGCUGGGUCCUUUUGCAAAACAUUCAUCUUUCGCUGCCUUUCUGUACCGAAGCUAUGGACGCAUUGGUCGAGACGGAUAAUAUUCACGAAUCCUUCAGGCUUUGGAUGACGACCGAAGUACACCCGCAAUUUCCAAUCGGAUUGUUGCAGAUGGCGAUCAAGUUCACGAACGAGCCUCCUCAAGGUAUAAGGGCGAGUUUGAAGAGAACGUACCAGGGUGUUACCCAGGAUAUCUUAGAUUACAGCACGCAAGGCCAAUGGCCACCGUUGCUCUAUGCUGUCGCAUUCCUGCAUACGGUUGUUCAAGAAAGACGAAAAUUUGGUCCCCUCGGUUGGAACGUACCCUACGAAUUCAACCAAGCAGACUUCGCCGCCUCGGUUCAAUUCAUUCAAAAUCAUUUGGACGACAUGGACCCGAAAAAAGGAGUGUCGUGGCCGACAGUUUGCUACAUGCUUGGAGAGGUCCAAUACGGUGGCCGAGUGACAGAUGACUUCGACAAACGUUUAUUGACAACAUUUACUCACGUAUGGUUCUGUGACGUUUUACUCAGACCAGGUUUCGAGUUUUAUCGUGGCUACAGAGUUCCUCAGACUCGCAACAUUCACGGAUACGUUGAUUACAUAAACUGCUUGCCAGCGAACGAUACACCAGAAGUAUUUGGAUUGCACUCAAAUGCAGAUAUCACCUAUCAAAUAAAUACUGCGAAAGCUAUUUUGGACACUAUUUUGAACGUACAGCCGAAAGAAGGAGGUUCGCAGGGCGGUGAAACGAGAGAAAGCGUUGUCUAUAGACUCGCUGAUGACAUGCUGAACAAAUUGCCUAAACAGUAUAAUGCUUUCGAGGUCCGCGAUGCUUUACAACGAAUGGGAGCUUUGCUGCCCAUGAACAUUUUCCUACGCCAAGAAAUCGACAGAAUUACUCGCGUAAUCGGUGAAGUCCAAUCAACUCUAACGGAUCUCAGGCUGGCUAUAGACGGGACGAUCGUGAUGAGCCAGGGUCUGAGAAAGUCGCUCGACGCUAUGUACGACGCUCGAAUACCCGAAAAGUGGCAAAAAAUAUCGUGGGAAUCAGCCACUCUGGGAUUUUGGUACACCGAACUUUUGGAGAGGGACGCACAAUUUAGGCACUGGUGCAUUAAUGGCAGACCCAAUGUUUUUUGGAUGACUGGAUUCUUUAAUCCACAAGGAUUUUUAACAGCCAUGAGGCAGGAAGUCACACGUGCCCACAAGGGCUGGGCCCUGGAUUCUGUAGUUCUUCAAAACCUGAUAACGCGUCACAACAAAGAGGACAUAAAAGAGCCAGUCCAAGAGGGUGUAUACGUGCACGGUUUGUUCCUCGAAGGUGCAUCGCUCGAUCGCAAAUUUUCUAAACUCGUUGAGAGCAAGCCAAAAGUACUUUACGAGCAAAUGCCGGUUAUUUACAUUUAUGCGAUCAACACAACGGCUGGCAAAGAUCCGAAAUUGUACGAAUGUCCUAUAUACAGAAAACCGCAGCGAACUGACCAAAAAUACGUCGGUUCGAUCGACUUCGAAACCGAUCACAAUCCGCGCCAUUGGACACUGCGCGGUGUCGCUCUAUUGUGUGAUAUCAAAUAAACUAAAUUGCCUGUAUUUGUAUUUAAUUAAUAUUGUCACUGUGCUAUUCUUGAAACGUACAGGAAAUAAGAUUGUUGUGAAAAUGAAAAAAUUUAUUUCCAACAGAAGAGGAUAAUCUCUAAAUACAGAACCUUAAAAUAAAA